AUGGUGAAAAGAAAGACGAACCGGGGGAUUUGGUCACGAGAAUCGAUGCAGCAUGCCACUGAAUCCAUAAAGAGUGGAGAAAUGGGGUUUCAGAAAGCAUCCCGAACGAAUAAUGUACCACGGGUUACACUUCAUAGAAAAGUGAAAGAAUCUAAAAACCAGCCAUUGGACAGAAGUGUUCUUACGGUUUUGACAGCUGGAAAAAAUUCUUCAAAUAAAGAGCCCACAAGUUUAGAUAUACAGAAAGGGGAGAAGAAAGUGGAAAAACUUAAGCAGAGAGAGGAGAAGAAAAUGAAAAAAUCUAAACAGAAAGAGGAGGAGAAAGUGGAAACAAUUAAGCAGAAAGAGGAGAAGAUAGAAGAAGAACAUAGAAAAAUCUAACAAAAAGAGGAGGAGAAAGUGGAAAAAUUCAAGCAGAAAGAUGAGAAGAGAAUGGGAGAAUCAAAGCAGAGAGAGGAGGAGAAAUUGGAAAAAUUUAAGCAGAAAGAGGAGGAGAAAGUGAAAAAAUUUAAGCAGAAAGAGGAUAAGAAAAUGAGAAAAUCUAAGCAGAGAGAGGAGGAGAAAGUGGAAAAUCUAAGCAGAAAGAGGAGGAGAAAGUGGAAACAUUUAAGCAGAAAGAGGAGAAGAAAGUGGAAAAAUCUAAGCAGAAAGAGGAGGAGAAAGUGGAAAAUUUAAGCAGAAAAAGGAUAAGAAAAUGAGAAAAUCUAUAAGCAGAGAGAGGAGAAGAAAACAGAAAAUCUAAGCAGGAAGAGGAGAAGAUCGAGGAGAAAAAGAAGAAACAAAACAUGA